CCGCCGCCGCCGCCCGCCCGCGCCCUCCCGCGCCUCGAGGGCAUCAAGGUGGGCCACACGCAGCGGGUGGAGCUGGUGCCCGGCAGGGCCCACGCUGUGCGCACCCUCAGCCUCAAGCCGCUGCUGUUCGAAAUCCCUGACUUCUUGACAGAGGAGGAGUGUAAGCUCAUUGUCCAUCUGGCAAAGCUAAAGGGACUACAGAAGAGCCAGAUCCUACCAACAGAGGACUAUGAGGAAGCCAUGGAAAUGAUUGAAAUCAGCCAGAUGGACAUUUUCAAUCUGCUGGACCACAAUCAGGAUGGGCAGCUGCAGCUCAAAGAGGUGUUGACCCAUACCCGACUUGGAAACGGCAGGUGGAUGACCCCUGAGAACAUCCGGGAGAUGUACACAGCGGUCAAAGCUGAUCCUGAUGGGAAUGGUGUGCUAAGUUUGGAGGAGUUCAAGCAGUUGAAUAUCCGUGAUUUCCACAAGUACAUGGGCAGCCAGAAAGUGAAGAUGAGUGACUUGGUGCGCAACAGCCAGCACACCUGGCUGUACCAGGGCGAGGGGGCACACCAGGUCAUGAGAGCCAUUCGGCAAAGGGUGAUGCGCCUCACUCGCUUGCCCCCCGAGAUCGUGGAGCACAGCGAGCCCCUCCAGGUUGUGCGGUACGACCAGGGAGGGCACUACCACGCCCACAUGGACAGCGGCCCCGUGUUCCCCGAGACUGCCUGCAGCCACACAAAGCUCGUUGCCAAUGAGAGCGCUCCCUUUGAGACCUCCUGCCGGUAUGUGACUGUGCUGUUCUACCUGAACAACGUGACUGGGGGAGGUGAAACGGUCUUUCCUAUCGCCGACAAUAGGACGUACGAAGAGAUGUCUUUGAUCCAGAAUGACAUUGACCUGCGAGAUACUCGGAAAAACUGUGACAAGGGCAAUUUGCGAGUGAAACCUCAGCAAGGCACUGCUGUCUUCUGGUACAACUACCUGUCAGAUGGAGAAGGCUGGGUGGGGGAGCUGGACGACUUCGCUCUGCACGGGGGCUGCCUGGUCACCCAAGGCACCAAGUGGAUCGCCAACAACUGGAUCAACGUGGACCCCAACCGCCGGCGGCAGCAGCAGUUCCAGCAGGAGAUGGAGCGCUUCGGGGGCUCGGAGGCGGGGCGCGGGGCGCCGGGCGGCUGGGCGCCGGGCAGGGCGGCGGGCGGCGCGCACCUGGAGCUGUAGCGCCGCCAAUAAAGCGUGCGGACACCG